UCCCACAUUCCUGACUUUUUAUUCAAAUAUUUUUACUCCUUACUUUUUCAGAUUUUAUGACUUAACAAGGAGAUCUUAAAUCAUCGAGGAUAAGUUCACAUUUUUAUACCUGAGGAAAUUUGCAUACUGAUUGGCCAGUUAUAACAGAAAUAUCAUAUGUGUCACAUCCCUGGGUUGAGUUAGUUAAGUUACUUUUCCCUCAUGUUUCUAGUCUUGUCAUUUCCUGUUUUAUUUUGGUUACUUACCUUGUGUCUCUUUUCCAGAUCACUCCUUCCUGCCCACCCCUACCUGUUUUCCUCGCGUCCUGAUCAUCCUCAUGUGUCUCACCUGUGUCGAUUGUCUGAGUGGCUGCACCUGGUGAUCCCUGGCUGAUUGUCGUCUUCCCUCUGUAUUUAGUUCAUUCACUCCCCGUCCUCUGUGCGAGAUCGUCUUGUUACCCUGUGUACUUACUUUCGAGCAUUCUUUCUGAUUGAUUUCCCCGUGACCUAGACCCAGUGACUGUUCUUAGAUUCCUCGUGUAUAGCCUGCCGAUUUGGUUACCUCCGCCUGUUUUGAUUGAUCAUCUGUGUACCGAACUACCUUAGUUAUUAAACGGACUUGAACCCUUCCUGAGUGUCUGCUUUUGAAUCCUGGCUUUCAUGAUAAUAUGAUCUUGCGGGCCGGAUUUAACUGUUCCACGGGCCGGAUUUGGCCCAUGGCCUUGAGUUUGACACCCCUGAUCUACCAUGUGUCAUGUGCUGUUUUAUUGUAUACAUAUUUCACGUCUCUCAUAAUAUUUUUGAAACCUAAAUUUCCUGUUUAUUUCAUCUCUUUAUUCCUAUUGAACAAUUUUUUACAUUCUAUAAAUGACAUAUUUGUAUACAGAUUGUUGUCUCUGCUGUGUUUGUCACUGGCCUUGGCUUGUUAUGGCUCACAUACCCUCAGUGACAGACAGACAGAAAACAAGACGGAUCAUUUUUAGUGACUGUGACUUCAUUUCCUGUAGACAGAAUGGGAAAUAGCUAAAAAUGAAGCUCAGUUGUUUCUCAGCUUUCUGUUAAAUACAUGAAUAAAUAACGGCUGAUGUGUUUCUUCAUUUCAGGCCUCUUAUUUUAUUUCUCAUCAGUGAGGUAAAUUAACUGCUGUGAGCCUAAACCCUGCUGUAACACAGUUAAAAAGGUUCAUGUAAGGGAGUUUAGCAGUGUAAAGAAGGUUGAAAGAACAGGAUAAGGAGGAGGAGGAGGGUGAUUUUCAUGCUGUCAGUGUUAUCACAGGAAACACAGACGGUUGCAAACACUGCAACACAACCAAAAGGAGGAACUGGUCCGGAGAAGAGUUUUCAUUUCACAGACAGUUUCAGGAUUCAGGAUCGACAGGAUGAGAAUAUUUCUCCUUCUGCUCCUCUCACUGGUGACAGGUGCUGACCCAUCGUAUAAAGUGACAGGAUGCCAAGAUGGAUGGAUUGAUUUUACCUGCCAAAAUCCGAAUGGAAACAACUAUCACACUGUCAGUGUGAUGAAUCAAUCAAAACCAAUUAAAACAAGUUCUAAAAGUUAUGAGUGGGAAAUCAAAGACAGAGUGUCCAUGUACCAUGACAAAAGUAAAGGAAAUCUGAGGGUGAUCAUCAAACAGCUUCAACAGGAGGAUGAUGGGCAGUGGAGAUGUAAAUUUGGCAGUAGAAAUUCCUUCAACACCCUGGACCUAAAGGUAGAGACAGAUGAAUCUGAGCGCCAGGUACCGUACGUCCAAACAGCGUACAAAAAAGCUAAAACUACCAUCACAUGUGAAUACCCCGGAGACAAAAAUGAGUCUGAAGUCCAGAUUUUCUGUAAAGAGAGAGGCUCCAUCUGUGAAGAUAUUUUAUCCACAGAAUCUGGGGGGUCAAACGGGUCGUUCAGCCUCAUAGAAACUGAUAAAGGCUUCAACGUGUCCAUCAGUGACGUCAACUCAGAGCAUGGUGGUGUUUACUGGUGUGGACUGAAGUCUGGAGAUGGACGUUAUCGAGCUGGAGUCAGCAAAAUACAACUAAAGAUUCAAACUGUUACUGACUUCAAAAAGCGUUCAACGGUCGGGGAAACUUUAGAUUUCUUUUUUAAAUAUUCAGCAGAUGAAUCAGAGAAAUUUGUCUGUAAAGGAGAAGAUCCUUCUCUGUGUCAUCCUCUUAUAAGCACCUCAGAUAAAAACACCAGAGGAAGGUUUACCAUGAGAGUUGACAAAAAGGAGAAUAAAAUCUGGGUAACUCUGACAGCGGUGAAUCUAAAAGACAAUGGGACGUACUGGUGUGGAGAAAAGAGCACUGAUGGAACAAAGAGCCACACGUUCACUCACAGGAUGCUGUUGACUGUUGUACCGUCAUCAUCAUCUUCAUCUCCUGUUCCUACAGCUCAGCCAACUCCUGUCCCACCAGAGGACCAUCGAAAGGGAGGAGGUCUGCGCAUCGUCAUUGGGGUCAUCUGUGCAGCUGUGCUCCUGCAGGUCUUCAUGCUGACAUCUUUCCUUUUCUACAAACGAUGCUCCAAAUCAAGAAGUACAGGAAACGGCACAGCGGAGCAGAACACCAGAGAGGAUUACAUCUAUGAGGAGAUACAGGAGCGCGUCCCAAAUCCAGACUCACGAUAUGCAGCAAAAACCAUUUACGCCAAAGUUGACUUUCCCAACGACCCCUCAGCCUCGCUGCAUUACUCUGCCAUCAGCUUCCAGCAGAGCCCCUACGGAGCUGGAAGUGAGGGACUGACCCUGAAACCGAGCUCCUCGGCCUGUGAAUAUUCAGCUGUAAAGGCAAACCAAAGUCCAGACGACUCUGCUGUCAGACAUCCAGCCAUACCUUCAGAGGAUCCUCUCUACUCCACCGUCAGCAAGACUCAGUGUGGAUGAAUGAACUCUGAUGACAGUAAAGGUUUUCAGCCCGUUUACUGGACUCUGGUAAAACAUACCAAAUACCAAUGUUAUAUUGUAGCUGCAUUGCUGCUGUGUUUUGUUCUUGUGAGUCCUCUGUCAUUGUGUGGAUCUUUGUUUGUUCCCUGUUUCUGUGUUUGUGUGUGAAUAUUAAUGUCUGUUGGGGUGAGAUCUUUGCCCCCCAGAUGGAGGCCUCUGAUUGGCUUAAAGGAGUGGGGCUGGCUUUAGUGGGGAACCUUGAAAUACAGCAGCCUACAGACACUCCAGCAUCCCUGACAGCAGAACUCAUGUCUGUUUCCCAGCCUGCAGAUUUAGUUGUUUUUUUAAGAUAUAUCUUUGGAUUAUUAUUUGUUAAUUCAGACAGGCCUGCCCAAAGAACUGGCUGGACCCCUGAAAAACCCAGAGAAUGGACCCUCCCCAGUUGUGUUUCAUGGAUAUCAGGUCAUGUGUGUUUGAUCAGUAGCAUUGGCGCUAACAUUAUGGCUAACAGUUACUUCAUUUUGGAGCUUUAAAGUGUGUAAAGCUAUUACUGAGUUCUGAUGUUAAACUUACUUAUUCAUGCUACUUUAGAUCCUUUCCAUCCCUUUUUCCUCAAAUUUUAUCCAUUUUUUGUCUCACAACCCAUUUUUGCUGCUUUUUUCCACUCUUAACCAGUUCUUGCUGCUUUUUAACUUUUAACAAUUUAUUUUCUGCCCAUUUUUUACCCCGCCUUUUUGACUUGCUCAGCCCAUUAUUGCUGCUUUCCCAUUUUUGUCUCUUUUAACCCUUUUUUCUACUUUUGUUUUUGCUUCUCACUAUUUUUCCCCCUUUUGCCUUUCUUAGUCCAUUUUUUUUUUGCUGUUUUCACAUUUUUGUCUCUUUU